ACACACUAAACUUUCUUCAAUCAUGGGUAAAGAAACAAAUGGAGUACUAGCAAGAACAAGUGAUGAUGAAGUUAUAAAAAAACAGGAAAUUCAAGAAGCACAAGCAAAUAUGUGGAAAUUUGUGUUUGGUUUCACAGAAAUGGCUGUAAUUAAAUGUGCAAUUGAAUUAGGAAUUGCUGAUUUCUUGGAAGAAAAUAAUAAUAAUGAAGAAGUUAUUAGCCUAAAUCAACUUUCUAAUGCACUUGGUUGUUGUUCUUCUUCACUCUAUCGUAUCCUAAGGUUCUUGAUCAAUCGCGGAAUAUUCAAGGAAACAUCAACAAAAAAUGGCGAAAUUGGCUAUGUUCAAACUCCCCUUUCUCGCCUUCUUAUUAAAGAAGGCGGGAAUAGCAUGGCUGCUUUCUUGCUAUUCGAAAGCAGCCCUGUAAUGCUAGCACCAUGGCACAAUCUUACCGCGCGUAUAUCAUCAAAGGACAAUGGUAGACCUGCUUUUGACGCGGCACAUGGUAAGGAUGUAUGGAAGUACGCGGAAGCUGACCCUGGACAUAGUAACCUCCUAAAUAGCGCGAUGGCAUGCGAUGCUAGGGUAGCCGUAUCCGCGAUUAUAAACGAUUGUCCUGAGAUAUUUAAGGGGGUGAACACUAUGGUUGAUGUUGGUGGUGGUGAUGGAACAACAUUAAGGUUGUUAAUAGAGUCUUUUCCAUGGAUUAAUGGGAUUAAUUAUGAUCUACCUCAUGUUGCUUCUGUUGCACCUCAUGCUAAUGGUGUUGUACACGUUGGAGGUGACAUGUUUAACUAUGUUCCUAAAGCUGAUGUUGCUUUCCUCAUG